CACCUCGCCCUUCCUCCUUUCUCGGUCUCUAGGCUCGUCAGGGCCAUGCCGCCAUUUUGUGUGAAUUUCUGACUGCGGCGGGUGCCGGACAGCCGGGCACCUAAGGCGGGCAAACGGACAGUCGGCCCGUCUCCGCGGCCCGUUUCUUCUCUUCCUAAAAUCCUUUUUUUUUUUUUAACCCCGCCCCUCGCUCGCUCUCCUCUCCCUCCCCCUCGCUUGCUCCAUCGCGCGCGGCUCGCGCUAAUUACACCCAACCACCCACCAGUGUCCGUGUCCCCCGGGUCUCCCAACCCACGGGCCCGGGUAUGUGUGUGUGUGUGUGUGUUGGGGGGCUCACGUCCCGAUGAGGGCUCCGCGCCCGUGAGCGAGUGACCCCAAGGGAGGGGCUGAGAAGAAAGCAGGCGGCGAGCCGCCCGUCGUGGCCUAGGCCGCGCGGCCUACGCGGAGGUCGGCGCAGAGGAACGAUGGAGGCCGCGCCCGGGACCCCCCCGCCGCCGCCAUCAGAGUCGCCGCCGCCGCCAUCGCCGCCGCCGCCAUCAUCGCCUUCGCCUACUCCGUGUUCCCCCGACGCCUGCCAGGCCACCCCGCACCUCCUCCACCACCGCCUCCCGCUCCCUGACGACAGGGAAGAUGGUGAGUUGGAAGAAGGGGAACUGGAAGAUGAUGGGGCUGAGGAGACCCAGGACACCUCCGGGGGACCCGAGAGGAGCCGGAAGGAAAAGGGGGAGAAGCACCACAGCGAUUCGGAUGAGGAGAAGUCCCACCGGAGGCUGAAGCGGAAACGGAAGAAAGAGCGGGAGAAGGAGAAGAGGAGGUCGAAGAAGAGAAGGAAAUCCAAGCACAAACGCCAUGCUUCUUCCAGCGAUGACUUUUCUGACUUCUCAGAUGACUCAGAUUUUAGCCCCAGCGAGAAGGGGCACCGCAAGUACAGAGAGUACAGCCCCCCAUAUGCACCGUCCCACCAGCAGUACCCCCCAUCGCACACCACCCCACUGCCCAAGAAGUCCUACUCCAAGAUGGACAGCAAAGGCUACGGCAUGUACGAAGGCUACGAGGACGAGCAGUACGGGGAGUACGAGGGUGAUGAGGAGGAGGAUGCAGGCAAAGAUGACUAUGACGACUUCACCAAGGAGCUCAACCAGUACCGGCGUGCCAAGGAGGGCAGCAGCCGGGGCCGAGGCAGCCGAGGCCGUGGCAGGGGCUACCGGGGCCGAGGAAGCCGAGGGUCUCGAGGCCGAGGCAUGGGCAGGGGAAGCCGAGGAAGGGGCAGAGGCUCGGUGGGAGACCACCCAGAGGAUGAAGAGGACUUCUAUGAGGAGGAGAUGGAAUAUGGAGAAAGUGAGGAGCCAAUGGGAGAUGAGGAUUAUGAUGAAUAUUCCAAGGAGCUGAACCAGUACCGCCGGUCCAAGGAUGGCCGAGGACGAGGGUUAAGUCGAGGCCGUGGUCGGGGUUCCCGGGGUCGAGGGAAAGGGAUGGGCCGGGGUCGUGGUCGAGGUGGCAGCCGAGGAGGGAUGAACAAGGGUGGAAUGAAUGAUGACGAAGACUUCUAUGACGAGGACAUGGGGGAUGGUGGUGGAAGCUACCGCAGGAGUGACCAUGACAAGCCCCACCAGCAGUCUGAUAAGAAAGGCAAAGUCAUCUGCAAAUACUUCGUGGAAGGGCGGUGCACGUGGGGAGAUCACUGUAAUUUUAGUCACGACAUUGAGCUACCGAAGAAGCGAGAACUGUGCAAGUUUUACAUCACUGGAUUUUGUGCCCGAGCUGAGAACUGCCCCUACAUGCAUGGUGAUUUUCCAUGUAAGUUGUACCACACAACUGGGAAUUGCAUCAAUGGUGACGACUGCAUGUUCUCCCAUGACCCUUUGACUGAGGAGACGAGAGAGCUCUUGGAUAAGAUGUUGGCUGACGAUGCAGAAGCCGGCGCCGAGGAUGAGAAGGAAGUCGAGGAACUGAAGAAGCAGGGCAUCAACCCCCUGCCCAAGCCGCCUCCCGGCGUGGGCCUCCUGCCCACUCCCCCUCGCCCCCCCGGCCCCCCAGCCCCGACCUCUCCGAACGGCAGGCCUAUGCAGGGCGGCCCCCCACCGCCCCCACCCCUGCCCCCGCCCCCUGGGCCCCCUCAGAUGCCCAUGCCAGUGCACGAGCCACUGUCCCCACAGCAGCAGGACAUGUAUAACAAGAAGAUCCCUUCUUUGUUUGAAAUUGUGGUGCGGCCCACAGGGCAGCUGGCGGAGAAGCUGGGUGUGAGGUUCCCUGGACCCGGAGGACCCCCAGGACCAAUAGGCCCUGGACCCAACAUGGGCCCCCCAGGGCCUAUGGGGGGCCCAAUGCACCCUGACAUGCAUCCAGAUAUGCACCCGGACAUGCACCCCGACAUGCACCCGGACAUGCACCCAGACAUGCCAAUGGGUCCUGGCAUGAACCCUGGCCCACCCAUGGGACCUGGUGGCCCCCAGAUGAUGCCCUAUGGUCCUGGAGACUCCCCACAUUCUGGAAUGAUGCCCCCCAUCCCGCCAUCCCAAAACUUCUAUGAAAACUUCUAUCAGCAGCAGGAGGGCAUGGAGAUGGAGCCGGGACUCGUUGGGGACACAGAGGACUACGGGCACUACGAAGAGCUGCUGGGGGAGCCUGGGGAGCGCCUCUUCCCCGAGCACCCUCUGGAGCCCGACUUCUCUGAGGGAGGGCCCCCAGGCCGGCCGAAGCCGGGCGCCGGUGUCCCCGACUUCCUGCCCUCAGCCCAGAGGGCCCUGUACCUGAGGAUCCAGCAGAAGCAGCAGGAGGAGGAGGAGAGAGCGAGGAGGCUGGCUGAGAGCAGCAAGCAGGACCGGGAGAAUGAGGAAGGUGACACCGGAAACUGGUACUCAAGUGAUGAGGAUGAGGGUGGGAGCAGCGUCACCUCUAUCCUUAAGACCCUGAGGCAGCAGACAUCUAGCCGACCCCAGGCUUCCAUCGGGGAACUGAGCAGCAGUGGGCUGGGGGACCCCCGCCUCCAGAAAGGACACGCCACAGGAGGCCGGCUAGCUGACCCCCGCCUCAGCCGGGACCCCAGACUUACCCGUCACGCUGAGGCUUCUGGUGGGUCAGGCCCAGGUGAUGUGGGGCCCUCCGACCCUCGGCUGGCUCGCUCCUUGCCCACCCCGAAGCCCGAAGGCAGCCUUCAUUCCAGCCCUGCGGGCCCCAGUGGCCCCAAGGGGGCCGGACCACCCCCUGCAGAGGAGGAAGAAGGGGAGCGGGCCCUGCGGGAGAAGGCCAUGAACAUUCCCCUGGAGCCCCUCCCGGGGCACCCGCUGCGGGACCCACGGUCACAGCUGCAGCAGUUCAGCCACAUCAAGAAGGACGUGACCCUGAGCAAGCCAAGCUUUGCCCGCACUGUGCUCUGGAACCCUGAGGACUUGAUCCCCCUGCCCAUCCCCAAGCAGGACGCCGUGCCCCCUGUUCCUGCGGCCCUGCAGUCCAUGCCUGCCCUGGAUCCCAGGCUGCACCGGGCUACCACCGCGGGACCUGCCAACCCCCGGCAGCGGCCGGGCGCUUCCGCAGACCCUGGCACAUCUGGCUCCAACCUGCCUGACUUCGAGCUCCUCUCACGCAUCCUCAAGACUGUCAAUGCCACUGGCUCCUCAGCAGCCCCCAGCGACAAGCCCAGUGAUCCCCGGGUGCGGAAGGCACCUACCGACCCUCGGCUGCAGAAACCAGCAGACUCUGUUGCCUCCUCCCGGGCUCCCAAGCCUGGCCCCACCGAAGCGCCCUCUCCAGCCACCAGCCCCAGUGGGGAGUCCUCGCCCCCAGCCACUGCCCCCUAUGAUCCCCGAGUGCUGGCUGCUGGCGGGCUGGGCCAGGGUAGCGGGAGUGGGCAGAGCAGUGUGCUGAGUGGCAUUAGCCUCUAUGACCCCAGGACUCCCAAUGCAGGUGGCAAACCUACGGAGCCAGCUGCUGACUCGGGCACCCAGCCCAAGGGCCCCGAGGGCAACGGCAAGAGCUCAGCCACCAAGGCCAAGGAACCCCCGUUCGUCCGCAAGUCAGCCCUGGAACAGCCUGACUCUGGGAAAUCCAGUGCAGAUGGGGGCACAGCUACAGCCACAGACAGAUACAACAGUUACAACCGGCCCCGGCCCAAGGCUGCGGCGGCCCCUGCCCCGGGCACGGGCACUCCGCCACCAGAGGGUGCCCCGCCUCAGCCUGGCGUGCACAACCUGCCUGUGCCCACACUCUUCGGGACCGUGAAACAGGCACCCAAGACGGGCUCGGGAAGCCCAUUUGCUGGCAACAGCCCAGCCCACGAGGGCGACCAGGACGCAGGGUCCCUGAAAGAUGUUUUUAAAGGCUUUGACCCCACAGCCUCCCCCUUCUGCCAGUAGUGUUAAGCCAGAGUCGAGGGCUCCCCGCCCCCCUCCCUUCCCAGGGUGAUACAUAAGGGCAGCAACCAGAGUUGGGAACUGCAGAAGAGGGGGAAGGGGUUCUGGGUGUUCUUUCUUUUCCUCCUCCCUCUUUUUUUUAAGUAGUACUUUCUUUGGAACAUAAAUUGUAUAUAACCAUCUUCAGUUCUGGUCAGUGCCAUGGGGCUCCCAGGCUUCCCCACCCUCCACCAAAAACCUGCUUGUGCACGUGAGCGGUUGUGUGAGGCCCUGGGCUUCAGCCCCAGCUGGCGCUCCACUUGGCUGGGCCAGUCUUCAGGGACUCCCUAAAGUCCGUGGGUCCGUUGGGUUUUGUGGGCAAAGCUGGCCUCUCCUCCCCUGCCCCCAGGACAAAGGGACCGGUAGGCACCUGAGGGCAUUGAGCUGCUCACCCAUGUUGCUCGAAGAAGGAUGGAGCCGAGACGGUGGACAGGAUCUGCCCAGAAGCUGGUCCAGGCACGUCUAGGGCCCUGGGUCCUCGGUGAGCCAGCCGCGAUGACUUGCUUUAGCAGCCGGUAAAACAGUAUCAAAGGAAGAAAAAGGCAAAGAGCCCUUGGGAGCUGCCUGAGCUGGGAGAAGCAAAGCCUUUCCCGCUGCUGUCGUGUGUGGAUUCCCGCACAGGCCUCCCGGCCGUCCUCCGUCCAGCGUGCAUCCACAGACCUGCCUCCUCCAGCACUUGUCAGAGACUCGGGGGUGAGAGACAGACCUGGAGGCGGUGGGGCUGGCAUGGGGGGCCAUGCCUCCAGGAGGCAGCCUGCGCACUGUGUGUUUUUUGUCAGUAUUAGCUCUUGUCCUGUCCUGUCGCGGUCAUGCCCUCCCCUCACUCUGGGGUCUGUCCUGGGCCUCAGAACCAGAGUGCCCACUGCCGCCCCAGCCCCUCGGGACAGCCCCGGGAUCUGCCGUGGCCGCUCCACAGGCCCCUGGCACGUGGAGCUCUGGGUGGUCCCGGCGAGGUGUUUCUGCUCUCUGCUUGCUUCACCCCCCUUGCACGUAACUUUAGGGCCCCCGGUUUGGGUGUUUGACGGGGCACAAGUGCAGAGGUGUAUUCCAGUGUUGGAUUUGUGGACACGUCCAGAAAGGCCUGAGGAGGGAGCAGGAGACGAGCCAGGGCUGGGUGGGGGGCUGUUGGGGCUCCCCAGCCGGGGGUCUGGGAGCCCUGCUGAGGGUGGGGAUGUGGAACCGGCACCCUGCAUCCUGCUCCCCUCAUCUGGGUGAGCCGAGAAGGGAGCGGGGGAGGCAGCGGCCUUGGGUGGGGCGGCGGGGGCGCCCGCGUGCUCCCUGGGCCCGCCCGAGGUGACGUGCCCAGCACCUGGGAAUGGUGCCUCCAAACAGCUCGGGCUGCCCCUCAGCAGCUGGCUCCUGAGCUCGCCUGGGGCCAGUCUCGGCCUGAGGUACUGUGGUGACCGGCACAGGCGUGACCUGCCCGGCUGGUGUAACAAGAGGCCUGGGCUGAGGCCCAGCCUGCCCACAGAGCUCCAGGGGAGGCUCCCCUGCGGACGUGGCCUGUGACUUAGGGGCCUUUCCCACCCGUGUCGACUCCCCGGCCAUUUUCUCCUGGUCCCACCGCCUCGGUCGCCUUGCUUCUGGCCCCUGUCUCUUCCUUGCUAGUGAGGAAACCUGGCCAAAAGCUCCGUCUUCCACCUCCUUGGGGUGAAAGGUGAACAAGGCUCCUAUGCCAAACCCCUCGCCCCCGAGAAAAAAUAAUAAGUUGAGUUUGGGGCCAGAAGCAAGGGUGGGAGAGGCCAGCCCCCCAGGGUCAGUGCACGUGGCCAGGUCGGUUUGGUUUGUCUGUGUCUUUUUUGUUUCAUUUUUUUUUUUUUUUUAAUCAUUACUGAGAUUUUUCUUUAGCCACCAGUGCUGGCCUUGAAGCAGAGGGCUGCAGCCCUUGGUCUUUACAAACUAGGAAUACACAGUGUGGCUGUGGGUUGUUUUUUUUUUCUUUGAGAAUUUUUUUUGUAAAAGCAAAAUUAAAUACUUUUUUAAACCGAAAUCUGUGGAUGAAUUAGAAGCAGGAACCCUCCUCUUGGAACAUCAGCCUAAGGACCUCUUAAGACUAUGAAUUCACCCAAAAUACUCAUUUGCUAUCAGGCCGAGCUUUUAAAGAAAAAUUGUUCUCUAACCAGGAUUGUAACAAAAGUGUAAAUACUGUUUCAGAGUUGAAAGUUGAUGGUGCAAAUAUGUAUAUAACGUACUGUAUUUUUACAAUGAUCGUCGCAUGACCCUCUCUCACCCCCCUUUUUGUAUUCCAUAUCUGUCUUCCAGAAAUGUCACCUGCCCUCUCUCCUGUGGUCUCUUAAUCCAGUAAUUGUAUUACUGCCAUUAAAGGAUGCAGUUAUUUUAAAAAGC